CUGCUAAAUAUCUUUGAUCGCUAGAAAUGUGUCAGGGUUGAUGACAUUUAACUGUUUGUGUGGGAGUAGGGAGUGACUCGUCAUCGAAAUUGUAGCUAAGGUUCCAGACAUGUUUGUAUAAAAACUAGAAAAUUAGUGCAAUCCCGUUUGUUCGAGGAUAUGGUUUACAUUGCAUCGGAUGGGAGUAUUCAGAGAGCACAGCCUUGGAGCCUAUCAAGGGUUGUCUCUUGGUUUUGGGGCUGUGUUGACUUUUUUGUAUUGUUUUUAAAAACAUUAGUCUCACCAGACACAAACAGACGUGGACCACAGUACACAACUGACUACAGGAGACCAGGAGGUCCAAGUCCACCACCAGCACCUAGACGCCGUCUUGGAGGAUUUGGCAGUGGAGGUACAGCGGAUCUUAGGUCACUGCCUUGUGGUACAGGAGGAUGAGGUUAAACUUAGCCUCCUAACGGCAUAGCCGUAGGAGGCAAGAGUAUCACAGCAUAGUAUCUUAUCAUAAGAUGCACAAGCUGUGAUAAUCCUGUGUGGAUUCUAGCAGAAACACAGCAAUGGCCAUUCCUUUUCUGUUCUAUUUUACUAAAUUUGGUAUAAAUCAAAACUUGUUUAAGCCAUUGUUUGUGCUAACUGCUUAUGAAGUCGCACUAGUAAAACCAGUACACCUGGAGUGGUGCUGACUGAUGUGGGAUCUACACAGUAUACGUACUCCCUAGUUUAGAAAUAUAUAUUUAUGAAGAUCUUGAAAUUGAAGUAUUAUUGUUAGAUGUGUUAAAAUUUCAGUGUAAUGAUAAAUUUUAAUGUAAUUUGAAUGUACAAAUAAAAUACUCCAGUGCAA